AUGGAUGAGGAGAUCGAAGUCCCUUCCUAUUUUGUGUGCCCAAUAUCGAUGCAAAUCAUGCGGGAUCCUGUAACCGUCUGCACGGGCUUUACCUACGAGAGGGAGAGCAUCGAGAGAUGGAUGUAUGAGUUGCAGAAGAACACCUGCCCAGCUACAAUGCAAGUCCUCGAUAAUCGAGACCUCACCCCCAACCACACCCUGCGCCGGCUUAUUCAGCAGUGGUGCAUCGCCAUCUCCUCCGCGGGUGUCCCACGCAUCGCUACUCCUGACCCGCCCCUGGAUAGCAAUCACCUCAAGAAAUUACUUGGAGAAAUUGAGGCCUGCCCGCCGCCGCCAUUUCUUGUGAAGGUUUUGAAAAAACUGAGGUCACUGGCAGAGAAAAAUGAAGGUAACAGACGGUGCAUCGCGUUGUCGGAAGCACCGGCCGUCUUGAUCUCCCUCAUUGAAAGCCAAUUUACAGAAUCUGACGAAACGUACGAUGUUGCGGUGGCAUGCGAAGAAGCCUUGGGGGUUCUCCAUGCUCUUCACUUGCCCGACGACACGGUAGAGACGCUCGCCACGGCCAGUUGCCUGGCUUCUCUUGGUUCUAUUCUCAAGAGGGGCACCUGCAACGGCCGGCUUCAUGCCGCCGUGCUAUUACAGAAAGUUUCAACGAAAAGUGUGAAACGGAUUGUAAUGAAUGGCAAUGAUGAUUUGAUAGAGGGAUUGCUGGAGCUGGUGACGGAGGAGGUAUGCCACAAAGCUACAGUGGCUGCCCUGCAAGUGUUGACCACAAUGAGCAUCAACAGCCGGCGCAGCAGAAUGAAAGCCAUCGAGGCAGGGGCAGUCUCCAUCUUGAUUGAAACACUUCCCGAACAGACAUCGGAAACGAAGAGCACCUGCGAGUGGAUGUUAUGUCUUCUUGACGUGUUAUGCAGAUGUGCCGAAGGUAGGGUUGCCAUGGUCGACCACGCCAUGGGCAUCCCUGUGAUCUCUAAGAAAAUAUUUCGAGUAUCUCAGUCGGCUACCGAGAAAGCUGUUCGAAUCCUUUGGUCGCUUUGUCAAUUCUGUCCGUCUGAGCGUAUUUUGAAGGAGAUGUUGCAUGUCGACGCCGUGACGAAGCUGUGCAUGCUUCUCCAGGUCGACUGCACCCCCAAAACUAAGUGCAAAGCAAUGGAGAUGCUGAAACUCCAUGGUAACUGCUGGAGGAACUCAUCUUGCGUUCCCUCAAGGAUGUAUCCUUUGAAAUUAUGA